AUGGCCACCCCAAGAAGGAAACCCCAGUACACGGAGUCGUUUAUUGGUGAUGAGUCGCUACUUGACCUCAGUCAAUAUGGUACACCAUUGAAGAAGUUGACUACCAAUUCUGUUCCAGAUGUAUGGAAGGGCCACGAUAAAAUUAAACUGGAAAUCAGGUCUCCCACGAUACCUACUUUCACACCCACAUCGGCCCCUGUUGCUGCACAACCCGAAAACGUCCAGACAGUUCAUCAAUUGACACCUAUCAGCGAUGUAGCGUUCAGACUUCAUCAAACCAAACUCAUGAUUGAUUCCCAUAAACAGCAUUCACAUCGAACCGCGAUCGAUGGGGACAAUACAGGGGAUGGACUGAAGCGUGGUCCUAUAUAUUACAAACCUCCAUCAUCCAUUCAAUCAGGAGUGAAGACAUUCCUCCCACCAACUUUCAUUAAGCCAAGAAGCAAUACUUCAAUGGAGGAGUCUCUACAAAGUCGGCCAUCCUGGUUGAAUGCCCGAAAGAACGCAUAUAUGUUGGCCGGAGGUGACAGUCUUGGUGGCAAAACGUUGGGAAAGGAUGUGGUUGUGGAUGACGAGUUAGUUGAUGAUAAUGAUGAUGUACACAUCGACGAGCCAACUGGAGAAUGGUAUAACCCCGUGGUUAAAAUAGCUCUUCUGAGACAAAUAAAUAAGGAGAAGGAGUUCAGUAGAGUGUCGCAUAACGUUAUAUAUAUCAUUUUAUUCUCUAUAUUGGUGGAAGUUUGGAAAAGAUUAGUACUUUUGUACCUCACUCACAAGUUACCAUUCCAAAACCCUUAUGUCUACUAUCCUAAAGAUGUUAAAGUAUCACCAGUCUACUCAUUCUACGGUACUAUAUUUGUGAAAAUUGUUGGGUUAUUAUUUAUUACCAACAUAUUAUAUGGUAGUUAUAAGCUUUUCAAGAAGCAAGAUCAAUGCACUGAUCUCCCACUCACCAACAAACAAAGAGAAAUGCUUGGAUUAACGAAAAUAACCGGUAAAGACCCACUAGACCGAGAUCAAAUUGAAGAUGAAAGAGCAGACCUCGCUAGUAAAGAAAGGAAGUUCAAGCAAAAGUACAACUCGUUCAACAAACCGAGAUAUACUAAAACUGGGCUUUAUACGUAUGGUGAAGAGAUGCCCAUAGUUGCAGUGCCCACCCCACAUUCACCAUUAGACUCUCAUAUGAAUCUGGGUAAUAUUGAAUUGACAUAUUCGCAGCCAGCGGGGAAGACUCUUCAUCCAAUGAAGAAGUAUCAACCGGACGAAGUUGAAAAAUUGAACAACAAAUUUAAGGGCACAUACAGUAUAGAUUUCAAUAUUUCAGAUGAUGAAUAA